UCGGCAGCGCAGCCUCUCCUCUCGGCCUAUCUCCGGCUGCUCCGCCGUCCCCUCCUCCCGGCCCCAUCUCUGGCGUAGGGGGGCCGACGACUAAGCCACUGUGAGCAACCCCCAAAAAAAAAAAAAAAAAAAAAAAAAAAACCGCAUUGGAGGAGCCUGGCCGCAGGACCCCUCCUCCCUGGCGCCCCUCACCCCUCGCUUCCCCCCCCCCCCGAGCCCCCCCUCCCGGGCGCCCGCCUCCCUCCUUCGCGGACUGUCUCCCGACUCGCCGGCUGAGAGCCCUUUUUGACUGCGAGCGGCGGUAGCGGAGCAGAGGCGGCGGCGCGGGACCUGCAGUCGCCCGGGAUUCCCUCCAGGUGACGAUGCUCUGGUUCUCCGGCGUCAGGGCUCUGGCUGAGCGUCCCUGCCGGCGCUCGCCCGGGAUUACCUGCUGCGUCUUGCUGCUGCUCAAUUGCUCGGGGGUCCCCAUGUCUCUGGCUUCCUCCUUCUUGACAGGUUCUGUUGCGAAAUGUGAAAAUGAAGGUGAAGUCCUCCAGAUCCCAUUCAUCACAGACAACCCUUGUAUAAUGUGUGUCUGCUUGAACAAGGAAGUGACCUGUAAGAGAGAGAAGUGCCCAGUGCUGUCGAGAGACUGUGCCCUGGCCAUCAAGCAGAGGGGAGCCUGUUGUGAGCGGUGCAAAGGUUGCACCUAUGAAGGAAGUACCUAUAACAGCUCGUUCAGAUGGCAGAGUCCUGCACAACCCUGUGUUCUACGUCAGUGCCAGGAAGGUGUUGUCACAGAGUCUGAGGUGCGAUGUGUUGUUCAUUGUAAAAACCCUUCCAAGCAUCUGGGAACGUGCUGCCCCACAUGUCCAGGUUGUGUGUUUGAGGGUGUGCAGUACCGAGAAGGGGAGGAAUUUCAGCCAGAAGGAAACAAAUGUACCAGGUGUUCCUGUGUUGGAGGCAGGACACAGUGCGUGAGAGAAGUCUGUCCCAUUCUCUCCUGUCCUCAACACCUUAGCCACAUUCCUCCAGGACAGUGCUGCCCCAAAUGUUUGGGUCAGAGGAAAGUGUUUGACCUUCCGUUUGGAAGCUGCCUCUUUCGCAGUGAUGUUUAUGACAACGGAUCUUCAUUUCUCUAUGAUAACUGCACUGCAUGCACCUGCCGGGACUCUACUGUAGUAUGUAAGAAGAAAUGCUCCCACCCUGGUGGCUGCAUCAGAGGGGAGGAGACCUGUUGUGAAGAGUGCCUCCUGCGAGUGCCUCCAGAAGAUGUCAAAGUGUGCAAAUUUGGCAACAAGGUUUUCCGGGAUGGAGAGAUGUGGUCCUCUGUUAAUUGCACCAUCUGUGCUUGUGUGAAAGGCAAGACAGAGUGUCGAAAGAAACAGUGCGUUCCCAUCAGCAGCUGCCCGCAGGGUAAAAUUCUCAACAGAAAAGGAUGCUGUCCUAUUUGCACUGAAAAGCCUGGCGUUUGCACGGUAUUCGGAGAUCCCCACUACAACACUUUUGACGGACGGACAUUUAACUUUCAGGGGACGUGUCAGUACGUUUUGACAAAAGACUGCUCCUCCCCUGCCUCGCCCUUUCAGGUGCUGGUGAAGAACGACGCGCGCAGGACCCGCUCCUUCUCCUGGACCAAGUCUGUGGACCUGGUGCUGGGCUCCAGCACCGUCAGCCUCCAGCAGCACUUGACCGUGCGCUGGAACGGCUCGCGCAUCGCGCUGCCCUGCCAGGCGCCGCAGUUCCACAUCGACCUGGAUGGCUACCUCUUGAAAGUGACGACCAAAGCAGGUUUGGAAAUAUCCUGGGAUGGAGACAGUUUUGUCGAAGUCAUGGCUGCCCCUCAUCUCAAGGGCAAACUCUGUGGUCUUUGUGGCAACUACAAUGGACAUAAGCGUGAUGAUUUAAUUGGUGGAGACGGAAACUUCAAGUUUGAUGUGGAUGACUUUGCUGAGUCCUGGAGGGUAGAAUCCAAUGAGUUCUGCAACAGACCUCAAAAAAAACCAGUGCCUGAACUGUGUCAAGGGACAGUGAAGGUAAAGCUCCGAGCUCAUCGAGAAUGCCAGAAACUCAAAUCCUGGGAGUUUCAGACCUGCCACUCAACUGUGGACUAUGCCACUUUCUACCGGUCCUGUGUGACAGACAUGUGUGAAUGUCCAGUCCAUAAAAACUGUUACUGCGAGUCAUUUCUGGCAUAUACCCGGGCCUGCCAGAGAGAAGGCAUCAGUGUCCACUGGGAGCCUCAGCAGAACUGUGCAGCCACCCAGUGUAAGCAUGGAGCUGUGUAUGAUACCUGUGGCCCGGGAUGUGCCAAGACCUGCGACAACUGGAAUGAGAUCGGUCCAUGCAAUAAGCCGUGCAUUGCAGGUUGCCACUGUCCCGCCAACCUGGUCCUUCACAAGGGAAGGUGCAUCAAGCCAGUUCUUUGUCCUCAGCGGUGACCUUUGUUCUGCUCCUAAGACUUUGAAAUCUGGUGUCUUUGACACUGAAGUGGAAGAGCCAAUGAAGGACUGCGGUAUUUGUGUGCUGAUUCUUCAAAUACACACAGAGUAUAUAUGUGUACAUAUAUAGAUAUAUAGAUAUAUUCAGAAACAUUUCAUCAUUUAUAUAAACUAUAGGUGGAUUAUUAUAUGUAUAUUUUUUGCUAUAAGACAUGUAUUAUUUCUAGGAUCCUAAUCUGUAAGCCAUUGGAUACAUUGUAUAAAUUAGCCAGGUGUUUGUAAUUUAAUAAGGCAGCAUGCAGACAUAUUGGAUGGCUUUAACAUCACAUACAUUUGUCAUUUCUAAGAAGUUUUCUAAGAGACCUAAAUUGCCUGCCUGCAUUAAUUUUAGCUUUGAAUCAAGACUUGCAGUUGAGUGGAAAAUGUGUUUCUCUGGAGAAGGGCAGAGUUAUCUAGGGGCAUUUCAUGCUUCCAAAGAAAGGAGUGUAUGCCCUAGGGAGAUGACUGGUGAUUGGUGACAGGACCUAAUGGUGCAUGUAAAGCAAGGGAUAGGUUGUUAGACUUUAUUGGGUCAUGGUCCAAUAUUAUUUCCAAAACCGAUUGGCUAGUUGCCAAGAAAUAUAUAUUUGUCAGUAGAGCAUAACCAAAGAAUUGAAUGGUUUCUUGCCAUCUUUGCAUAUUCCUUGAGUCACCUAAUUAUACAUGUGUGUAUGAUGGAUGUGUCCAUUUAUAUGUCGCAGUGAGAUUAAAGAAUGUUUGGGUGACAUGUCAGUUUUAUUGAGCAUGAGCAGAUAUUUAGGGAAAGUUUUGCACAACAUAUGAAAGAAUAGCCAUUUCUCUGAAUCUUAGAGCAAUUUAGGAUGGGCCAAUAUGAUGAGUUGAUGUAAGCCAUCUAUGUUUUGUGACUAUUCCAUGUGUAAAAUGAAAAUCAUUAAUUAUUUCUAGAGAAUUCCUAGCCCAGUGCUAUUUGGUGACUGUUCAUAUGUCAUGAUUCUACAAAAAGAAAGCCUUUUCUGACCAGUUGAUUGAAUAUCAGUCCAAACAAAGACUGGUCUCUGUAUUUGCUCUAAUUUACUGGUAGUUUACUACUGGUCAUCAGAUGAAUUUCCUGACUUUUUUUCCAGUUGAAUAAAUGAAAAUGUCAACAAAACAAAACCCACUAAUGUUUCAUUUCAAGAUACUAUGUUCCACAGUGUAGUCAAUAAAGGGCUCAAUAUUUAAAACAA